CCGCAGGCUGUCCGAGGACUAAUGGCAAAGGAGAAGAACCAGAUCGGAGCCUCCUGGGAGGAUCUGGCUUUACCGGAUGAGUUUCCAGAGUCCUGUGCAGAUGGAGACAAAGCUGAGGUGAAGGAGGAUGAAGGGGAGGACGCUCAUGCUGGAGAAGAAGGCACCAAAGACAUGCCGGUGAAACGCAACCCGAAGCUGCUGGAGAUGCUGAGGGCAGCAGAGAGCAGGUGGACGCCUCAGAGCCGGGACGGAGAGAAGGCAGAACCAUCUGAAACAGGGACAAAAGAGCUCGUCACCGAGGCUUUGAAGACUAACAUGCAAAUUCAGCUCAGUGACGAGCAACAAGAAUUCAACAAGCGUCCAACCAAAGCUGCCCCUCACUCUCUGUCUCGGUCCAUCUCACAGUCGUCUACAGAGAGCUUCUCUUCAGCGGCCAGUGAGAGCUCUGAGGAAGGAGUGUCUCCUCUGGACAAGCUGCAGAGCUCCUCCACAGGCCUGUCGGACUUCUGCAUUAAGAACAUCAAAAAGGCUGAUUUUGGGCGAAAAGAAAUCGAGAUCGCACAACAAGAAAUGCCGGCGCUAAUGAUCCUGAGGAAAAACGCAGGAGGCGAGAAACCUUUGGCUGGAGCCAAAGUAGUGGGCUGCACUCACAUCACGGCACAGACAGCGGUGUUGAUCGAGACACUGGCAGCGUUGGGCGCUCAGUGUCGAUGGGCCGCCUGUAACAUCUUCUCCACUCAGAACGCUGUGGCUGCCGCUCUGGCUGAAGGAGGAAUCUCAGUGUUUGCGUGGAAAGGAGAAUCAGAGGACGACUUCUGGUGGUGCAUUGACCGAUGCGUUGCCGCUGACUCUUGGCAGCCCGACUUGAUUCUGGAUGAUGGCGGUGAUUUGACGCACUGGAUCUAUAAGAAGUAUCCAAAUCUGUUCAAGAAAAUCAGAGGCAUCGUGGAGGAAAGUGUGACGGGCAUCUAUAGGUUGUACCAGAUGUCGAAGGCCAACAAACUGUGUGUUCCUGCCAUGAACGUCAACGACUCGGUGACCAAGCAGAAAUUUGACAACCUUUACUGCUGCAAGGAGUCCAUCCUGGACGGGUUGAAGAGAACGACUGACAUCAUGUUUGGAGGAAAACAAGUCGUGGUGUGUGGUUAUGGUGAGGUUGGUAAAGGCUGCUGUGCUGCUCUGAAAGGACUGGGCGCCGUCAUUUACGUUACAGAAGUGGAUCCCAUCUGCGCCCUGCAGGCCUGCAUGAACGGCCUCAGAGUUGUUGCUCUGCAUGAAAUAAUCAGACACGCCGACAUCAUCAUCUCCUGCACAGGCAACAAGAGCGUGAUAACACGGGAACACUUUGAGCGGAUGAAAAACGGAUGCAUAGUUUGCAACAUGGGCCACUCAAGCACGGAGAUCGAUUCGGCCAGCCUGCGGACGGCGGAGCUGAAAUGGCAGCGUGUGAGGCCUCAUGUGGACCACAUCCUCUGGCCUGAUGGCAAACGGGUUGUCCUGCUGGCAGAGGGUCGCUUGUUGAAUCUGAGCUGCUCCACUGUGCCUUCGUUCGUCCUUUCCGUAACAGCCACAACUCAGGCCCUGGCUCUCAUAGAGCUGUUCAACGCGCCGCAGGGUCGGUACAAACAGGACAUUUACCUGCUGCCGAAGAAGAUGGAUGAAUAUGUGGCCAGUCUUCACCUGUCGUUGUUUGACGCUCAUCUAACAGAGCUGACGAAUGAACAGGCCGUGUACCUGGGCAUCAACAAACAUGGACCCUUCAAACCCAAUUAUUACAGGUAG